ACCGUACUAUAUAAAACAAAAGGGCAAAGAAAGAGAGAGAAGCAGAAGAAGAAAGAGAAAAACCAAAAGAAAAGAAAAGAAAAGAAAAAAAAAGAAAAGAAAAACACACCAAAACCCCAAACUCUCGUCUCAGUUAAUCAGAGAAAGAGAGAGAUAUAGAUUUAAACCCACUCCACUCGUUGGCGCAAAUUCUGUUUCUCCUCUUAAUUAUAUAUGAAAUUUAGCCGUUGAAGAAGAACCCUCCUUCAUCUUUCCCGCCAUGUUUAGUGAGGUGGUGGAGAACAACUCUCCAACCACCACAAUACCUUCUUCUCUUGACCACGUUGAGAAGACUAAAACUUUGAUUUGUGCUCUCAAUCUUCUCUCUCGUGACCUCCCUCUUCCCCCAGAAGUGUUUGCCACCGUUUCUUCCAUUUAUCGGGGCGUCGAAGAUGACACCGUUUCGCCUUCUGAUGCCGCCCAAUUCGGGGAUUUUGCCCUUAAUUCAUCCUCUAAUUCCAAUAAACAGGAGGCAUCUGGUAUCUCUAGUUAUGGGGAUUUGAUUAUGGAAUUUGAGGAUGCUGUGGUAAAGCAACGGCCAAAAUGCAUGUCUAGUAGUGCGCUGACGGAAUUGAAUGAGAGCCGUGUUCAGAGUAGAGUCGAGCAUCGGUUAACUGAACUUGAAGAGUUGCCAUCAAGUAGAGGCGAGGAUUUGCAGUCAAAGUGCUUGCUUGAACUUUAUGGUCUGAAGCUAGCAGAGCUGCAAAAGAAGGUUCGCUCUGAAGUAAGUUCAGAAUAUUGGCUGCGUCUCAAGUGUGUUCAUCCUGAGCAGCAGUUAUUUGAUUGGGGAAUGACACGGUUGCGCCGCCCUUUUUAUGGCGUGGGAUGCCCUUUUGCUAGAGAGGGUGAUGACCAAUUGAGGAAAAAAAGAGACGCAGAGAGAUUAUCUAGAUUAGAAGAAGAGGAGAAGAACAAUGUGGAGACAAGAAAAAGGAAAUUCUUUGCAGAUUUGCUCAAUGCAGCUCGUGAGUUCCAGUUACAAGUUGGAGCUUCUUCAAAACGUAGGAAACAGAGGAAUGACGGGGUUAUGGCGUGGCAUGGAAGACAAAGGCAACGUGCCACAAGGCAAGAGAAAAUGAGGAUGGAUGCUCUCAAGAAAGAUGAUCAGGAAGCAUAUAUGAAAAUGGUUGAGGAGAGCAAAAAUGAAAGAUUAACCAUGCUUCUUGGGAAAACAAAUGACCUUCUUGUUUCUCUUGGAGCUGCAGUUCAACGGCAGAAAGAUGCAGAACAUUCAGAUGGUAUUGAGCCGUUAGAAGGGUUUGGUGCAGGUAUGCAACAAUCUGAGAUCCUGAAAGAAGGAACUCCUAUCCCUGAAGAAGAUGUUGAAGCAAGCGACGAAGAUUUUGGCAAGGCAGGCAAUCUACUUGAAGGUCAGAGGAAGUAUAAUUCAGCUGUACACUCCAUUCAGGAAAAGGUAACUGAGCAACCAGCACUGCUUCAAGGUGGAGAGCUUAGACCAUAUCAGUUAGAGGGGCUCCAGUGGAUGCUUUCACUUUUUAACAACAAUUUGAAUGGUAUAUUAGCAGAUGAGAUGGGAUUGGGUAAAACAAUCCAGACCAUUUCUUUAGUUGCUUACCUAUUGGAGAAUAAAAAUGUGGUUGGGCCGCACUUGAUUGUGGCACCAAAGGCUGUACUACCUAACUGGGUCCAUGAAUUCCAAACAUGGGUUCCAAGUAUUGUUGCUGUUCUCUAUGAUGGGCGACAAGAGACGAGGAAAGCAAUCAGGGAAGAAUACUUUGGUGAAGGGAAAUUCAGUGUCAUGAUUACUCACUAUGACCUUAUUAUGAGAGAUAAGCAAUACCUCAAGAAAAUUCACUGGUAUUACAUGAUAGUUGAUGAAGGACAUCGAUUGAAAAAUCAUGAGUGUGCUCUUGCGCGGAUUCUUGUUUCAGAAUAUAGGAUUCGGCGCAGACUUUUGCUGACUGGCACUCCAAUACAGAACAGCCUCCAAGAGUUGUGGGCCCUGCUUAAUUUCCUUCUUCCCCACAUUUUUAACUCUGUUGAGAAUUUCGCAGAGUGGUUUAAUGCACCCUUUGCAGAUCGAUGUGAUGCUGCAAUUACCGAUGAAGAAGAGCUGUUGAUCAUUCGUCGGCUGCAUCAUGUUAUAAGGCCAUUUAUUCUAAGAAGGAAGAAAGAUGAAGUGGAGAAAUAUCUACCUGGGAAGACGCAAGUCAUAUUGAAGUGUGACUUGUCUGCUUGGCAGAAGAUAUAUUAUCAACAGGUUACAGAUGUGGGCAGAGUCGGCAUGGAGUCAGAGAGAGGAAAAUCAAAGGGCCUGCAAAACCUGUCAAUGCAGCUCAGGAAGUGCUGCAACCACCCAUACCUGUUCUUGCAAGAGUAUAAUAUGUGGCGCAUGGACGAGAUAGUGAGAGCAGCUGGAAAGUUCGAGUUGCUUGAUCGGUUGCUCCCUAAACUGCAUCGAUCUGGACAUAGAAUUCUCUUGUUUUCACAAAUGACUCGUCUCUUGGACAUUCUUGAAGUAUAUCUCAGGAUGCAUGAUUACAAGUUCCUUCGACUUGAUGGCUCAUCGAAAACUGAUGAAAGAGGGACUUUACUUAAAGAAUUCAAUGCCCCAGAUUCUCCUUAUUUCAUUUUUCUUCUGAGUACUCGUGCUGGAGGUCUUGGUCUGAACUUACAAACUGCGGAUACUGUGAUAAUUUUCGACAGUGAUUGGAACCCCCAGAUGGACCAACAGGCAGAAGAUCGAGCCCAUCGUAUUGGUCAGAAGAAGGAGGUGAGGGUUUUUGUGUUGGUUAGUGUUGGAUCAAUUGAAGAGGUGAUUUUGGAACGUGCGAAACAGAAAAUGGGCAUCGAUGCCAAGGUUAUCCAGGCUGGGCUUUUUAAUACAACAUCGACAGCUCAGGAUAGGAAGGAAAUGUUGGAAGAGAUUAUGCGUAGAGGAACAAGUGCACUCGGAAAUGAUGUACCUAGUGAGAGAGAGAUAAAUCGGUUGGCAGCACGGACGGAUGAAGAGUACUGGCUGUUUGAGAAAAUGGAUGAAGAGAGAAGGCAAAAGGAAAACUAUAGAUCUCGUCUUAUGGAAGAUCAUGAGGUACCUGAAUGGGUAUAUGCUGUAAACACUGAUGCCAGUGAAAGAAGCAAAGGGUUUGAUCACGAUGUGGGCAAGAUAACGGGUAAGCGGAAGAGAAAAGAGGUGGUAUAUGCUGACACUCUCAGUGACUUACGAUGGGUGAAAGCUGUUGAAAAUGGAGAAGAUUUAUCCAAAGCCAUGACCAAGAGGAAGAGGAAGGAACAUGUUUCCUUUGAGAACUUAAACUCACCGUUGAACAAUAAUCAUGGAGGGAUGGAAAAUGCAUAUGAAGUUGUGGAUGAUGAUGGUGAUGAUGGUGAUGAUGGUGAUGAUGAUGAUAUGGCUAGUUUAAGUGAUGGAAAGAGUGAAGAAACUCCUCGUGUUUCGCCUCAGAAGAUGAGGAUCAAUGGGUCGAACUUUGAAACACCCGAAUAUGAAGAUGAUGGUGGAAAUGGAAGUGGAAGUGGCACUUGGAAACUGACAUGGAAGACCCAUAAAAAAAAGAGAUCAAGCUUUAAUGUGAUGGGAUCUUCGACAUCAAUGUCUGAAUCGUCUAGGGGUCAGAGUUCUGCUGGCAAGGGAAACCGAUGGAGUUGAUUAAUAUUUAAGGCCUUCUAUCCAACUCUUGGAGACAGAGGUACAUAGUAUCACGGUUUCACCUAAGGACCUUCUCUACAUCUUGGCCAACCCGUGGUCAGAACUUUGGCCCGGUGGGAAGAAAGCGAUGGAGCUGAUGGAUUUUGCGGCCUCCAAUCAACCCCUUAGAACGUGGAGUAAGAUUCAAGAAGUUAAUAUGGAAUAUUGCAAUGGGAACUUCUUCAAGUCUGGGGUUGGUGAUGGCUUAUAUUUUUCUGUAGCAAUUAACUGCGAUGCUUGCUAUCAUUUUAGAUCAAGUAGUAUUACAAAAUGCUAUAUGUACAAGUGAGAGCGUUGAUGAUAGUUCUACACUUCUACAGUUCUACUUAUGUAACAUUAGUUUUCUCAAAGCUUAUCCAAGCGUGCCUAAAUGUUCGAAGCUUCAAGUAUAGUCGGCCAAAUGUACCUGUCUGUGUACUGGUGCAGUAAAUCUGCCUAAGAUGGGGCACUGCUUGGCUAGCGAGCGAUUUUCUUCAAUAAUAGCUAAAAAAAGAAAGAAUAAUAUUAUCAUUUUGCAUCGCAUCAAAAUAUCUUAUAAUAUGCAUAUUAACCUA